AAUGAUUUCUAUAGCAAACGAAUUAUCAAAGUAUGGACACAAUAACUAUUUUAUACUAAAUAAUAAAAACUCACUAAAACUUUCCAAAAUGAACAAAACAUAAAUAUCCUUCCAAUGGACGAGGUCACACAAUUUAGUAAAACCUUUUCUGACGCACAGCACAAAAUAACAUCAAAACGAAUAUAUGUGAUAAGAAGGAUUUUGACUUUGAUUCCUCUGAUAUGUGAUAGAAUUCUGAAGAAUGAGAAAUGGAUCGAAUAACUGCAAGAGGUUAAUGCUAGUUUAGCUGUUAUUAAUGGACUAUUUCCGACCAAUUUUCUUACAAUAAUUGCCCGUCAAUUGUCAAUUCCAUUUGUUCUCACAGGAUCUGAGAUAUUUCCUAGUCUUCAUCGCAUUCCAUGGCUCCCCAGUGUUUUUCCAAAUAGUUUCAUCGGAUCCUCGAGCAAGAUGACAUAUUCGGAAAAGAUAGUCAGUGCUUUGGCUGCUAUCAUAGACUACACUAUUCCACCUAUUGGAGCACCUGCAUACAACGUUGGUGGCCUGGCUACAAAACAUUCAUUGCCUUUGAAGGGAGGGUUAUUGAAUUUCGUAAAUGCUUCUACGAAUGGAAUAAUUGUGGUGUCAUUUGGCAGAUAUAUGAAUGAUUUCGCUUCUGUUCAGCUAGAAAAGCUACAGAGCGCAUUGAAACAAAUAAAAUAUGAUGUUGUGUGGAGACAGAAGAAAACAUCAUUUUCUCAUAAGAAUAUUUAUAUAAGUGAUUGGGUACCACAAAAUGAUCUGCUUGGCCAUCCUAAAACUAAAUUAUUUGUUACUCAUUGUGGAAAUAGCGGUCAGUUUGAAGCUUUGUUCCAUGGUGUACCAAUGCUGGGAAUACCUUUAUUUGCAGACCAACAUUAUAACUCACGCAGAAUGACCGAAAAAGGGUACGGAUUGUCUUUAGAUAUAGAGAACUUUACCACGGAGGAAUUAAUAUAGAACAUAAAAAGAAAACUAAUUGAAAAUAUACCAUAUUCUGACAAAAUUAAAAGAG